GGGGCGCGCAGUGGCCAAUGGGGCGCGGCGGGCGCGGCAGAAGGCGGGAGCCGGCCGGGGAGGCGCGUUCUCGCCGGCAGCUCGCAGCCCCUGGCGACCUGCCGCGGGGACCUGGGUGCCUGGCCAGACCUGAGCGCGCGGCCAUGGGUGGCGUCGGGGAGCCCGGCGGGGGCCGGGGAGCGCUGCUGCCCACCUUCCGCUGGGAGCAGAUCCGCGCUCACAGCCUGCCCGGCGACAAGUGGCUGGUCAUCGAGCGCCGCGUCUACGACAUCAGCAAGUGGGCACAGCGGCACCCGGGCGGCAGCCGCCUCAUCGGCCACCACGGAGCAGAGGACGCCACGGAGGCCUUUCACGCCUUCCACCAGGACCUCCGCUUCGUGCGCAAGUUCCUGCGACCCCUGCUGAUCGGAGAGCUGGCCCCGGAGGAGCCCGGCCAGGAUGGGCCUCAGGAUGCCCGGCUCAUCGAGGACUUCCGAGCCCUGCGCCAGGCGGCCCAGGACAUGAAGCUGUUUGACGCCAACCCCACCUUCUUUGCUCUCAUGCUGGGUCACAUCCUGGCCAUGGAGGUGCUGGCCUGGCUGCUCGUCUACCUCCUGGGCCCCGGCUGGGUGCCCAGCGUCCUCGCCGCCCUCAUCCUGGGCGUCUCCCAGGCUCAGAGCUGGUGUCUGCAGCACGACCUCGGCCACGCCUCCGUCUUCCCGACCCCGCGCUGGAACCGCGUGGCCCAGCAGUUUGUCAUGGGGCAGCUGAAGGGCUUCUCGGCACGCUGGUGGAACUUCCGGCACUUCCAGCACCACGCCAAGCCCAACGUGUCCCACAAGGACCCGGACGUGACGCUGGCACCCAUCUUCCUGCUCGGCGAGUCAUCUGUGGAGUACGGCCGGAGGAAGCGCAGGUACCUGCCCUACAACCGCCAGCACCUGUACUUCUUCCUCAUCGGGCCCCCGCUGCUCACCCUGGUGAACUUCGAGGUGGAGAACCUGGCGUACAUGGUGCUGUGCCUGCAGUGGGCGGAUCUGCUGUGGGCCGCCAGUUUCUACGCCCGCUUCCUGCUGGCCUACGUCCCUUUCUAUGGGGUCCGAGGGGCGCUUCUGCUCUAUGUGGCAGUCAGGGUCCUGGAGAGCCACUGGUUCGUGUGGAUCACGCAGAUGAACCACAUCCCCAGGGACAUCGGCCAGGAGAAGCACCGAGACUGGGUCAGCUCGCAGCUGGCAGCCACCUGCAACGUGGAGCCGUCCCCCUUCAUCGACUGGUUCAGCGGCCACCUCAACUUCCAGAUCGAGCACCACGCGUUGCCCUGUUCCCCGCAGCCUCUUCCCCACGAUGCCCCGGCACAACUACCACAGGGUGGCACCAAUGGUCCGGGCACUGUGUGCCAGGCACGGCCUGCUCUACGAGGUCAAGCCCUUCCUCACCGCCAUGGUGGACAUUGUCAGGUCCCUGAAGAAGUCCGGCGACGUCUGGCUGGACGCCUACCUCCACCAGUGAAGCCGGGAGCACAUGGCCCCCAGGGCCGAAGCCGCGCCCCGCCGAGUGCCACUGCCCACCCUCCCGCAGCCCCACCGAGGGACCCGCCGGCCGCAGGGCGGGCUUGAGACCGCAGCACAGCGUGUUUUCCCACACCAGAAUGCGAGAAAACUGUUAUUUUUAUAUAAAAGCCAGGGCAGACCUCCUGUGGCACGGACAAUGCGUUUGCGCGGACUUCGGGCUGGGACCAGGCUGUCGGGAUCGGGUGGGGCGUAGGGGGCAGACCGUCAGGGAUGUCUAAGAUGCCUCCAGGAGCAGGGCCACCCCUCUAGCUGCAGGGUCUGCUUCACCUUGGAGCGCCCCUUGGUCUGGACCGGGUCCCUCCGGGAGUGGAAAUGGCAGAAAAGCGGCCGCGUUUGUUCCUUCCAGGCCCCUCCGUGUGCGGGGGCGGGGGAGACGCCAUGCGGCCCCAAAGGCCCCUCCGCAGGGCCGCCCCCCACUCAGAGACCCAGAGCCCCGACACUGCAGUUGAGGCUGUCCAGAGGGGAGGACACUCUGGUCUGAGUGUGCUCUGAGGAAGGUGGGUGCUGUGUGGUCCUGGGCUUCCCGGAGGUGCGCUCCCCAGCCUCCGGCCCAGGGCCCCACGAGCCACCCCGGCCCAUACCAUGCAUCUUUCACCCUUUCUGGGGUCGGAUGAGCCUGGCCGUGCUGGGGAUGGGGUUGGAGGGCCAAGCCCUGUCCUGGCCAAGGCUCCAGGCUGUGUGACCUGGGGGAAGUUACUCAGCCUCUCUGAGCCUAGUGCUACCUCCUAGGUGACAGAAAAUAAAGGGUCACAUUUUGUGCA